GGCAAACAAAAAAACUUAUGAAAUAGAAGCAACCCUCAUUAUUGAUAUUGUCUGGGAAAAAAAAAUGAUGGAUGAUUAAUUAUAAAGGUAAUUAUAAACCGAAAAUAAUAAAAAUUGAAAAGCAUACGUUGGAUUGUUACGUUACUGGUUUGGUUGGUAAGGGGGGAAGCAUGUGGAAAGAAAUUAUGAGGAUGGAAAAUAAGGGUAAAUAGCACAAGAGAGAGAGAAAAAGGGUUGCUUGAAGAAUGAAGGGAGGUGAAAUAUAGAAGAGAGAAUGGAAGGUGGAGGGCUGUGGUUUUCAAAGCCAGCUUGCACAUUUGCAUAUAUGUUGGGGGGUAAUAUACUACAAACAAAUAAUAAUCUUAUUAAGUCAAGCCACCACCCCCCCAAUCCAUAUAUCAAAUGUGGAGUGUGGAAUGUGGUGGAGGGCACUUCCUGCCCGCCUGCCUGCCUAGCUUCAAAUUAAAAAAAAAAAAAAAAAACCACAAAAUUGAAAGAAGGUAGUAGACUAGUAGUAGUAGUACAUAGGUGUAAAAUACAACAUCAGUAAGUAGUCCAACUAGUCAGAGAAGAGACAAGGUUUGAUGAUCCCAUCAAUUUCAACUCUCUCCUCUUCCUCCCUCAUACCUACGUAGCCCUUGCCUUCCUAAUUUGGACGGACCCCUCUCCCUCUCUAUCUCUUCCCCAAUCUCACUUUUUCUCCCUCUUUUCCUUUCUGCUAAUUUACUUAACUUUGGUUCCACCCACCUGCCCAUACCCUCCUCCUCUUUGUCUUAGGUUUCAGACUCUACUUUUUACUUUUCAUUUUCAGCAUAUCUCCGAAUCCUCCUCUAUUUCUGUGUCGCUCGCACCUGAAUCUGAUCAUCCCCUUCCAACCUUCCCAUCUCUCUCUCUCAAGAGUCAAGACUAUGGCAGAGAAGGUGACAUGGAUGGUGCUCAAGGUUGAUCUUCAGUGCCCUUGUUGCUACAAGAAGGUCAAGAAAAUCCUCUGCAAAUUCCCUCAAAUUAGAGACCAGGUGUUUGAUGAGCAAAAGAAUUUGGUGAAGAUCACUGUGGUGUGCUGCAGCCCUGAGAAAAUCCGUGACAAAUUAUGCUGCAAGGGUGCUAAGGUCAUUCACUCCAUCGACAUCCUUGAGCCCCCCAAGCCCACCAAAGAGCCCGACAAGAAGAAGGAGCCCGAAAAGCCUAAAGACCAGCCCCCGAAGCCCAAAGUCGUCAUCCUCGACCCCAAAGAUGCUGACAAGCCACCCAAGCCUGCUGACAAGCCCAAGGAAGCCGAAAAACCUCCCCCUAAACCUGCCGACAAGCCCAAGGAUCCACCCAAACCUGCAGAAAAACCCAAGGAACCCGAAAAACCCAAGCCAGCACCAGAAAAGCCCAAAGACCCACCCAAACCUGCUGCUGAUCCACCCAAAAAACCCGAUCCAUCACCCGCACCCGCACCGGCGCCACCAAAAGGACCGGAAAUCCCGCCGCCAGUUCCGGUAGUGCCGGUGGCUCAAUCUUAUCCGGUCCCGGUAGGGUUUUGUUGUCCACAUUGCUACGAUGGAUACGGAGGUCCGUGUUACCAUGGGUAUGGAACGCCGCCACCGCCGCCGCCACGGCCGCAGUGCUACGAUGCUUAUUAUGGAUACGGUUACAACCGAGGAUGCCACGUCAGUCACUGCGAUUACUUCAGUGAAGAAAACACUUCUGGAUGCUCCAUCAUGUGAAUCACAAACUCCCGAAUGGUUUCUUUAUCACUUUCCAACCAAAAUUGUCCAAAACAACCAGUUUUGAACUCUGUAAUCUUUGUUCAUUUAUACUCCUACAUACUUACUAGAUAAGAUAGUAAUAAUGUUGUAUUUGGGAAAUUUUACUAUAUAUACUUCUAUCAUCAUAGGGACAGAGACGACCACUAAGAUUCAACAUUGUUCAUAUGGGAAAUGAAUUCAAAUAAUGUAUAGUAGCCUGAAUUUUGUGCUACUUAUUUACUUCCUUUUUUUCCCCAAGGAAUAUCAAAACAAUUUUUACUCCAUUUAUAAUUUAAAUACUAUACUUUCUAUUCA